UUAUAUAAUCGGCGGUGUGUGUGACUUCAACUCACGUUUUUCAUUUUUUUUUCUCUCCAAAGUCUCUUUUAGUCGUUUAUAUUCUCUCUAUCAUUUCUUGAUCUCUUCUCCGAUCCGGCGACUCUUCUCCCCGGUGAAAGCUUAUUAAUCGUUUCUUGGUUUUCUCAACGAUUUGCGUGAUGGAGAGAGAUUUUCUCGGGGUUGGAUCAAAUCUAUAUCCGAAAACUGUGAAAGAGGAAACUAACCAAGAUUUAGCCCCAAGAGGUAUGAUGGAGUGGUCAUUCGCAAGCAAAACCUGUUCUGCUCCUCAGAUUCUUUCUUUUGGGACAUCCCAUCAAGACAGGUGUAGAACUUCAGUCAGUGACCAUUUGCUUCCUUGUGGUGAAACUGAUGUAAACCGGAGAACUUACUACAGCUCAGUUCAGAAUAAGAAAACUUUCUUGGGAGGCAAAAGCUUCAUCAACGGUUUCAUGAACGACCAAACUUUGGGAGGAUCUCCUACCAUAGCACCUCCAGUUUCAGUCUUUCCUGCUCCAACCAAUAUUAGAUGUUCUUCAAAUCCUACAGGGUCACCACCUGAUCAGUUGACAAUCUUUUAUGCCGGUUCAGUAUCUGUUUACCAAGACAUAUCUCCUGAAAAGGCCCAAGCUAUCAUGUUGCUAGCCAGAAAUGGACCUCAGGCUACACCGAUUUCAAUGCCUAAACCUCAAAACCGGGUUCAUCACUCUCCUGCAACCACUUACUCUCCAACUUUAUUUCCUUCCAACGGAAUCACUGGACUUUUACCCAGACAAAAAAUGGUGAGCUUAGUAUCCACGUGCAACAACCAAACCGAUGCCUCCAAUAUGGCUCCACCACAACAAGUGGGUUUACCGCAAACGCGCAAAGCAUCUUUGGCUCGGUUCUUAGAGAAACGCAAAGAAAGGGUCGUUAAGGUAUCGCCUUAUUACUUAGACAACAAGUCAACAAUAGACUGUAGAACACCAAUGUCUGAUUGCUUAAGCUUUCCUUCAGCUCAUCAUCUGUGCUAAGACCAAUACCCCGUCAUGGUUCUUAAAGGCUUUUUCUUUUUUUUUUUUCCUCUGGCUAUUUUAAGUAUCUGUAUCUUGUAGACUAUAUAGGUUUUCAAUGGUCGUACGGUAUGGUAUAAACCGGACAAUGCAUACCAAUAUUUUGGUAUGCAAAACAUUGGACUGUGGUAUGGAGCAGAUUAGUAUGGAGUUUAUAUUAGUAUGGAGCUUUUGAGGA